CACUCCACACGCCUCUCACACAAGAAUGCAGUCAGACCUGUCCCACUGUCACAUGACCUGCUGUGAUUGGACGCUGCGCGCUGAUUGGCCCUGGGCUUCAAUGAAGCUGAACACACCUGAGAGAUGUCAGACAGGUGAUCCUGAUGGGUUUGGACUCUGCUGGGAAGUCGACUCUGUUAGCCCGCCUCCUGACAGGACAGGUGAUGGAGACGUCUCCGACCAUCGGGUUCAAUGUGGGAUCUCUGGACCUCGACAAGAAGACGUCUCUGACUGUGUGGGACGUCGGAGGACAGAAGAGCAUGAGGGCCAACUGGAGGUACUACCUGGACGACUGUAAGGCUCUGGUGUUCUUGGUGGACAGCAGCGACCGCUCCCGGCUGCUGGAGGCUCAGAAGGUUCUGAAGAAGGUUCUGAAUGACGAGAAGCUCCGAGGAGUUCCCCUCAUGGUUCUCGCCAAUAAGAAGGAUCUGCCCCACUCCAUGACCAUCAGAGAGGUACGGGACACACCACAACCUCAACCACAGCCACAGCCUCAGCCUCAGCCACAACCACAACCACAACCACACCCACAACCUCAACCUCAACCACAACCACAACCACAACCACAACCUCAACCUCAACCUCAACCUCAACCUCAACCACAACCUCAACCUCAACCUCAACCUCAACCACAACCAUAACCAUA